AUGUCUCUUCUGAAAAAGUGUGUUGGUUUGGAUCCGAAUUUCCGAAAGCCUUUGGAUGUUGCUUUGAUUUGGGAAGGCAACUACUGGGACGACCAGGAUGUGCAUGAUUGUUGUGACGUGGAUUGGGAGACGUGCGAGAUUCUUGUUCGAAAGAUUUCGAAAGCUCUGAGUCUUCCGACUGCUCCGACGUCUUCUGAAAAUGUGGAGGAGGGACAGAAAGUAUUGAUUUUUAUGCCGAGGCUUAUGCAGCUUCCGUUGACUAUUUUGGCUGCAUAUCGAGCUGGUUUAGUGGCUAUUGUUAUGGACCCACUCACCAUAAAAAACGAGAUUCUGGAGUCUGUCGUCCUAACGGAAAAACCGAAAUUCGUGGUGACAGUUGACGCGUUUUGGCAGGCUCAACAAUUGAUGGAAGUCAAGAAAAAUAUUGAGAAUCUUCGUGGAAUGUCUGAAACGCAACUUCUCGUCAUCCGACACGUUGCACCGAACAACGGAAUUCCGCCGCCGAAGAAGCAUUUUCCGGCGAGACGUCCGUCGUAUCAGACGAGUUUAGACUUGAGAAACGGACAGGAUUGGGAGUGGAGUACUGUAAUGGCGGAUAUUGAUGUGGAGGAGAACAAGUAUUCAGAAGGAGAUGACGAAUUCAAAUGGAAUGAUGAGGAUAUUGUGGUGAAAAUGGUCGAUGAGAUGGGGUAA